AUGAGUCAAUGUCUUCUACGCAUUGAGGCUGAUGUUCAUCAGCUAAAGGGAGUUCUCUUGCAUACUCCUUCCUCUAGCCCCCAAACUGAUGAUGCUCAAAAAGAGGGAGAUACUGAUACUGAUGAUAAUACUGAUGAUGAUCCAAAAGAGAGAGACACUAAAUAUGUUGACAACACUUUAGUUCAGAUUGAGUCACCAAAGCCGAUGCACGAGUCUGAUUCUACGGAGCCUGAUAGUCCAGCAGAUACUGAAAAGCUUGUUGAAGAUAGUGAGCAUGAUGAUGAACAAGAUGAUGAAUGUCAAAUACUAGAUAUGAACUUCAUUGAUCCCUCUAUUCCAGUCCAAGAAGAAGUUUCAGAUGAACUUGAUAAUGAAUGUCAAAGGCCAGACAUGAAAUUCAUUGAUCCCAUUAUUCCGGUCCGAGGAGAAGAUUCAUACGUUGCUAGUGAAGAUACACACCCUCUAUCUCGCAAGCGCAAGGCAGCAUAUACUGACUUGGCUCCUUCACACACUGAUACUUCUCUGUCCUGCAAGAAGCCCAAGUCCAUACAUCAACGCAUAUCUCAGCAUCAGCAUCAGCAUUUCAAUAGCUCAGUGUAUAUAGCUUUAUUCAGUGCAUUGUAA